AUGCUCUAUAACAACGAGGAUGCCUGGCAAACAAUUCUUCAAAAAUUACGCCAGGACAUGGCCACGUCUCUAGAAUCGGAGGGAGAGGACGACCUAGUGCUUCGCCAUGAGAUGAUUAUUAUGGACGACAAAGCAAAAUAUGAUGGCGCCACGUCUCACGAUAUCCGUGACCAUUUUACGUCUUGGGUGUUUGAUAAUUUACCGGAUAUCAUGGUUAAAACACCGACUGAGUCUGCGUUGCAGUUGGUCCUCGUGAAUGAUCCCAUUAGCGUAGGUCCAGAGGUCCUGGCAAAACAUUUUGGUGCGCGAGACCCUGAGGACAGAGAUUACCCUAUACACCCUGAUUAUGAGGAUGGUGAAACAGACAUGGAAGAAGAAGAUGUUGGGUGGAUGUAUCUUGAAGUUGGCGCUUAUGUUGAGAUGUACGACAUGCUGGAGGAAGAGGAGUGGUCGUACGAACUAUACCGGAGACCACCUUUAUUGCCUUACGACUCUCUCUCGGACCAAACCCCAGGCUCCUGGCGCAAGCGCAAAAAUAACCAUCAAUCUCCGAGUAGCUCGUUAUGGUUGCUCAUCCCCUGGAUCAAGUUCCACAUGAAGCCAAGCACUAUCACAUGA